AUGGCGAACAGGUCAGACCCAGAGCUUUUCUCCCAGAACGUGACAGAAACGUUAGACUCGAGGUCAGCACAAGUUUUGAUGAUCCUUCAACUUUUUUUCUACUCCAUCAUAGUAGUAGUCGGUUCCGUUGGUAACGCCUUAAUCUGCCUGGCAAUCCUCAGUCGAAAGAAAAGAAAGACAAGUGAAUAUUUCAUUCUCAACUUGGCAAUCACUGACUUAUCAACCAGUAUCGUCAGCAUUCCACUCGACAUUAUAGAGCGUCUUGCUGGUUUUUGGCCGUUUGGCGCGUUUCUGUGUAAGUUAGUCUACCCGCUUCAGACUAUUCUCAUGGCCGUUUCCGUGGCGACGCUUCUGGCUAUGAGCCUUGAACGUCAUCGAGCAAUAAUGUACCCUUUAAAACCCCGGAUGAAGGGGAGAAAGCCUUUAGUUACGAUCUUUAUCAUCUGGAUUGGAAGCAGCGUCCUCGUUUCUCCCUAUAUUUAUGUACUGGGCUUUGAUGGAUCAAUCUGCACUGAAAAUUGGCCGGGUGCAUCUUUUGUCAAAGCCUACACCAUGUCCGUUUUUAUUGUGCUCUACGUUUGCCCCCUAUUUGGCAUCAGCGUGGCCUAUGUCAGAAUUGGAAGAAAGCUUUACAGGGAUAUUAACAACAUGAAAGUCAUCAUGGCUGAUUCUGAAGGUGGUCUUACGGGAAAACAAAUGCUUAAGACACGUGCUCACCGUAAUGUUCGCAUAGUUAAAAUUUUCGUCACAGCUGUCAUCGUAUUUGCAGUGUGCAUGUUGCCAAACCACAUAAUGUGGUUGUGGAAUGAUUAUGGUGAUGGGGGGAGCUCAAAAUACUUCACGGAUUUCUUAGUUUUUACAAACAUUUUGGUAUACGCUAACAGCUGUAUCAACCCUUUUAUAUUCGGGACUCUUCAAACUCGCUGUACGAACUGCAGAGACUUCAUGAAAGGCUCACAAGAUGGAGAUGAGAGUAGCGGUCACAAGAGGUUAUUCUCGAUGCGCAUGUCUUUUACAAGCUCGUCCAAGCUAAGGAGUAACCUUCGAGGGACUCUACAACGACAGAGUCAAACCUAUCGAAGCAUUGUACUUCAUACUGGAACUGGGACUCCCGCAAGAGAAUCGUUGCGAGAAUGGCAGAGGCUUGAGUGCUCACCUGACACCGAAAGCAACGUUUGA